GGAGGGACGCAGAGGAUUUUGACCAUGGCUCCAAGGAAGAGGAGCAGUCGGGGGAUCUCCUUCAUCUUCUGCUGCUUUCGCAGCAGUGACCACCCUGAGAUCACGUACCGGCUGCGCAACGACAGCAGCUUCGCCCUGCAGACCAUGGAGCCUGCGCUGCCCAUGCCACCAGUGGAGGAGCUGGAUGCCAUGUUCACCGAGCUGGUGGAUGAACUUGACCUCACAGACAAGCACAGAGAGGCCAUGUUCGCACUGCCAGCGGAAAAGAAGUGGCAGAUCUACUGCAGCAAGAAGAAGGACCAGGAAGAAAAUAAAGGAGCCACUAGCUGGCCAGAGUUUUAUAUUGACCAGCUGAAUUCCAUGGCUGCUAGGAAAUCGCUGAUCGCUUUGGAAAAGGAAGACGAGGAGGAGAGAAAUAAAACAAUUGAAAGUUUGAAGACUGCACUGCGGACCAAACCAAUGAGGUUUGUAACCCGAUUCAUCGACCUGGAUGGUUUGUCGUGUAUUCUGAACUUUCUGAAAAGCAUGGACUAUGAGACAGCAGAGUCUCGGAUACAUACCUCGCUCAUUGGAUGUAUAAAAGCACUAAUGAACAACUCCCUGGGCCGGGCUCACGUCCUGGCCCAUUCGGAGAGCAUUAAUGUAAUCGCUCAGAGUCUGAGCACUGAGAACAUUAAGACGAAGGUGGCAGUGCUGGAAAUCAUGGGCGCUGUGUGCCUGGUUCCUGGGGGCCACAAAAAGGUACUCGAGGCGAUGCUGCACUACCAGAAAUACGCCAGUGAACGGACUCGUUUUCAGACGCUGAUCAAUGACUUGGACAAGAGCACGGGGAGGUAUCGAGAUGAAGUGAGCCUCAAGACAGCCAUCAUGUCCUUCAUCAAUGCAGUCCUGAGCCAGGGGGCAGGCGUGGAAAGCCUGGAUUUCAGACUCCAUCUGAGAUAUGAGUUUCUCAUGCUUGGGAUCCAGCCAGUCAUUGAUAAGCUAAGAGAGCAUGAAAAUUCAACCCUUGACCGCCACUUAGAUUUUUUCGAAAUGCUUAGAAAUGAAGACGAACUGGAAUUUGCCAAAAGAUUUGAGCUGGUCCACAUCGACACGAAAAGUGCGACUCAGAUGUUUGAGCUGACGAGGAAGAGGCUGACGCACACCGAGGCAUACCCGCACUUUAUGUCUAUCCUGCACCACUGUCUCCAAAUGCCUUAUAAACGAAGCGGCAACACUGUGCAGUACUGGCUGCUGCUGGACAGGAUCGUGCAGCAGAUUGUCAUCCAGAGUGACAAAGGGCAGGACCCCGAUGCCACUCCCCUGGAAAACUUCAAUAUUAAAAACGUUGUCCGAAUGUUAGUCAAUGAAAAUGAAGUGAAACAGUGGAAAGAACAAGCAGAAAAAAUGCGAAAAGAGCACACUGAGCUUCAGCAGAAGCUGGAGAAAAAGGAGCGCGAGUGUGAUGCCAAGGCCCAGGAGAAGGAAGAAAUGAUGCAGACGCUGAACAAGAUGAAGGAGAAGCUGGAGAAGGAGUCCAGCGAGCACAAGCAGGUCAAGCAGCAGGUGGCAGAUCUCACAGCACAGCUCCACGAGAUGAGCAGGAGGGCAAUCUGUGCUGCUGGCCCUGGAGGGCCUCCCUUGCCACCAGGAGCUCCUGGCGGCCCUUUGCCUUCUCCAGUUCCUGGAUCACUUCUUCCUCCUCCACCACCACUGCCACCCCCAGGAGGAUGUCCCCCACCUCCUCCCCCGCCACCACCCCCUCCAGGUGGUCCCCCACCUCCCCCUGGUCCUCCACCCCUGGAUGGGGUGAUGCCUCCCCCUGGAGCACCUCUGGGCUUCACCCUCAAGAAGAAGAGCAUCCCACAGCCAACAAAUGCCCUCAAGUCCUUCAACUGGUCCAAGCUGCCAGAGAAUAAGCUGGCAGGAACCGUGUGGACCGACAUAGAUGAUGCAAAAGUGUUCAAAGUCCUGGACCUCGAAGACCUGGAAAGGACAUUUUCUGCCUACCAAAGACAGCAGGACUUCUUUGUGAAUGGUAACUCCAGACAGAAGGAAGAUGCUAUCGAUGACACCUUGAGUUCUCGACAUAAAGUCAAGGAGCUUUCGGUCAUAGAUGGCCGGAGAGCUCAGAAUUGCAAUAUCCUCCUCUCAAGGCUGAAACUCUCAAAUGAGGAGAUCAAACGAGCGAUUUUGACAAUGGAUGAGCAGGAGGACCUCCCAAAAGACAUGCUGGAGCAGCUCCUGAAGUUUGUUCCUGAGAAAGGUGAUAUUGACCUGCUGGAAGAGCAUAAGCAUGAGCUGGACCGUAUGGCCAAGGCUGACCGGUUCCUCUUUGAAAUGAGCAGGAUAAACCAUUAUCAGCAAAGGCUGCAGUCCCUCUACUUCAAGAAGAAGUUUGCAGAGAGAGUUGCAGAAGUCAAACCCAAGGUGGAAGCUAUCCGUGCCGGCUCCAAGGCAGUGCUACAGAGCAGCAGCCUCCAGCAGCUGCUAGAGGUGGUCCUGGCCUUCGGGAACUACAUGAACAAGGGCCAGAGGGGCAAUGCCUUCGGGUUUAAGAUCUCCAGCCUCAACAAGAUCGCAGACACCAAGUCCAGCAUUGACAAGAACAUCACUCUUCUGCACUAUCUCAUCACUAUCGUUGAAAAGAAAUAUCCCAAAGUCCUCCGCCUGCAUGAGGAGCUGCGAGACAUCCCACAGGCAGCCAAAGUCAACAUGACCGAGCUGGAGAAAGAAAUAAACACUCUGAGAAGCGGCCUGAGAGCAGUGGAGACUGAACUGGACUUCCAGAAGUCUCAGGUUCAGCAAUCAGGUGACAAGUUCGUGUCUGUUGUCAGCCAGUUCAUCACGUUAGCCAGCUUCAGCUUCUCAGAUGUUGAAGAUCUCCUAAUGGAAGCAAAAGAGCUGUUUUCCAAGGCUGUGAAGCACUUUGGAGAAGACACAGACAAAAUGCAGCCUGAUGAGUUCUUUGGCAUAUUUGACCAGUUCCUUCAAGCUGUGACUGAGGCCAAGCAGGAGAAUGAGAACAUGAGGAGGAGGAAGGAGGAGGAAGAGCGCCGAGCACGCAUGGAGGCACAGUUGAAGGAGCAGCGAGAGCGGGAGCGCAAGGCGAGGAAGGCGAAAGAGAGCGGGGAGGAGGGCGGCGAAUUUGACGACCUCGUCUCGGCCCUGCGCUCAGGAGAAGUCUUUGACAAGGACCUCUCCAAACUGAAGCGCAACCGCAAGCGCAUCACCAACCAGCUGGCUGACAGCAGCCGCGAGAGGCCUGUCACCAAGCUCAACUUCUGAAGAAUGAGCACCAACAAAACCCGGCAGAAGCAAAGCGUGGGUUAGUCUUUUCCAAGUGGCUAGGGGGGUUUUUUAUUCCCGUUACACUGCCUUGUGACUCAGAGCAAAACAGUGGCACACCCUUCCUGCCCGCAGGCGACUCUGUUUCUGUAUUUACCAUGUAUAUAGUCAGGGCGCAGGUGCUGGGGUGUGGGCAGCCCAGCUACAUGGCUGCCAGCGCUGCCUCCCCCACUCCCACCCACUCCCAAAAUUAGUUCUCCCCAUGCACAAGCACAAUGCUGCACCUGCGGAGCAAGAGAGGACCCAACCCCGAGAUGCCAGCAGACCCCAUGGUCCUGAAAAACAAUGGGAUGCCGCUCCCUGCCACUGUCCUGCUUGGAGCCCCCCAAAGCUGCUUGCAGGUGACGCCUGCAGCCGAGCGGUCUGAAGAAGAAAAGACGAAAUCCAAGUUGACUGAACUUGAAUCCGUGGGUCGUGUUUUUGGUUAUUGUUGUGAUUGUUACAAAAAACUUGCAGAUCCGUGCUUGCCCGCUGCUCCCUGAGCUCGGCGACACAGGCACUCCCAGCGAUGCUCUUCCCAAUGUCCUUGGGAAACGCUCUUUUCCCUCUUGCCACCACCUUGCUAACAGAAAAAAGGUUACCCCAAAGUGCUUAUCGCUCUAAGGCCGCACAGAUGUAUUUAUACUGCUAGGACCCACUCUGGCCCUGGACGGUGGAAAAGGUCGGUUCUCGGAGGAGACAAAGAGCAUAAAUUUUCUCGUGUUGUAAUUUUUAUUCUUGAUUUCUGUUCAAUGGGACAAACUGUAUCCUCUGUAAAGGUGGGUCAGGACCAAAGGUCUCUGAUAUACGAAGGGGCUGGUGCAAAAUCCACCAGCUUUCACCCACCUUCUUUUCUCUUUUCUUUACCGGACACACAGAAGCAGCGAUGCCAAGAAACCACUCGUCUCUUAGCCAGGUCCUUUUUCAACUGGUUACUGGUUUGCUGUUCUUUGUCAUUGCAAAUUUGUAAGCAGAACUACCUGUCAA